GGACGCACAUUAAUAAAAGCGCACAACGUUGCACUCGUUGAUCUCCAGUCGUCUUUCUGCACUCGAGUGCAAAACUUUUCGCACACUCGCAUUUUUUUCUGACAAGAGACCAACAGGCAGAUUUUGAGGAUGGCCCCUCCAGCGGGAGAACAACUGGCCGAUCAUAAUUUGAAAGACCCAGUGUUGAUGACCGGAGGCAAUUACAUUAGGGAAGGUCGAGACUCUUCGAAAAGCACCUGUCUUGUGCUGUCACCCCACAGCACCAGAGAAGUGGGCGCCCUCGCCAAAAUCCUCAAGCUCUUCGAGGAAAAUGAAGUGAAUCUCCUUCACAUCGAGUCGCGUCCUUCGAGGCGCCAGAGCGGCCACUAUGAAUUCAUGUUUGAAUGUGACCCGACCUGCGGAAAUUUGGACGUGGCAACCAAGAAACUGCGCGAGUCGUGCGAAUACUUGCAAGUGAUUUUGCGCAACCAUGACGACAACGAGAAACUUGGAGACACGGUUCCGUGGUUUCCGAGGCGCAUCAGAGAUCUGGACAAGUUCGCCAACCAGAUCUUGUCUUACGGAGCCGAAUUGGAUUCGGACCACCCUGGGUUCACUGACCCUGUAUACAGGGCCAGGAGAAAAUACUUUGCCGAUAUUGCUUACAAUUACAAACAUGGUGAUCCAUUGCCUCACGUGAACUACACGGAGGAAGAAACGCAAACCUGGGGCGUCAUUUUCCGCGAACUGUCGCGCUUGUAUCCGACUCACGCUUGCAAAGAGCACAAUCACGUGUUUCCCCUUCUCAUCCAGAACUGCGGAUAUCGCGAAGACAACAUUCCGCAGCUCGAGGACGUCUCCAACUUUUUGAAAGAUUGCACCGGUUUCACGCUGCGUCCGGUGGCUGGUCUGCUUUCGUCGAGGGACUUUCUCGCGGGACUGGCCUUCCGGGUGUUCCACUCGACCCAGUACAUUCGCCACCCCAGCCGUCCCCUUUACACCCCCGAACCCGACGUCUGCCACGAACUGCUGGGCCACGCACCCCUUUUCGCAGAUCCGGCCUUCGCCCAGUUCUGUCAGGAAAUUGGACUAGCUAGUCUAGGCGCACCAGACGAUUACAUAGAAAAAUUGGCAACGUUGUUCUGGUUUACUGUCGAGUACGGAUUGUGCAACCAGGAAGGCGAAAUGAGAGCAUACGGUGCCGGUUUGCUCUCAAGUUACGGAGAGUUGCAGUACUGCUUGGAGGGCAAGGCCGAACUGCGACCCUUUGAGCCCGAAAAGACCUGCCUGCAAAAGUAUCCGAUCACAAGCUAUCAACCUAUCUACUAUGUUUCCAACAGUUUUGAGGAGGGCAAAGCGCAGAUGAUAAAAUAUGCUUUGACUGUGCCGAGACCCUUUGGUGUGCGCUACAAUCCCUACACCCAGAGUGUGGAGAUUCUCGACUCAAAGCAGCAAAUUCAAAAUCUGAUGACCUGCACCAAUCAAGACAUGCAAGUGCUCAUUGACGCUCUAAGGAAACUGAGUUCCGAGGAGCAUUAGUUUUAAUGUUGGAAGGGAAAUUUUUAUUCAUUUUGGUGUCUUGUGGUGAUUUAUAAUUUUUAAAUAAAAUAAUUUUAGAGGUUUUUACUUUAAA